AUGCCAGAAGAGGUGCUUCGUGAGAAGAACGAGUCCAUUCGUAGCCUCGAACAGCGUCUCCUAACUCUACGUGGAAAAAAUUCAGAUCUUCAGCGUCUAUUUGAACAGCGUUUGCGCAAGGCCUCCCUUGACCUGGAAGCCAGUCCUAUUGGAUGUAGGGUCCUUCCGCCAGUUUCAGGAAUUUGGGCGCGUGAUUGCUUUCUUCGGGCCCUUCGUUUCGCCGAUUCAACUCCAUCUUUCUCUUCUGUACCGUCCACUCCUGCUUCAAGCAUCAGACCCCUUCAUUCAUUAAUUAGCACCACAAUUAUCUCUAAUCCUGUCUCAUCUGAUCAGAAAUCCUCUGACUGUGUUGUGGCUCGUAAUUCCCUAGAUGAAGAAGUAUACUCCACUGCCAGUCCGGUUACCGUUUCCCUUGCCCUUAACAGCGGUCCAUUGGCUUCUGUCAUGCAACGCCGGCCUUGUACUGGAUGUCUCUUCCCUGUCGCGCCCGUUGGUGCCUCUCCUCAUUUUAUUAAAUCAUCUUUGCCCGGAAAUGAUACCGAUGCUCGUCAUAAUUUGGCCAGUUUGCGUCAACUAAAACUCAAGGAUCUGUGA